GGAAUCAUCGCAAACGAGACCCUGGGUUACUUCAUGGCUCGCAUAUUUCUCUUCCUCUAUAUGAUUGGUGUGGACGUCAAAAAAUUCCGCUUCCGUCAGCACAUGAAGAACGAGAUGGCUCACUACGCCCGUGAUUGCUGGGAUGCCGAAUGCCGCACCAGUUACGGGUGGGUAGAAUGUGUCGGUUGUGCUGAUCGAAGUUGCUUCGACCUCACCCAGCACACCAAGGCUACCGGGGCUCGCCUUGUUGCUGAGAAGCCCCUCGCAGCACCGAAAAAAGUCCGAAAGGUGCAGUGUGUCCCCAAUAAAGGCAAAAUCGGCAAAACAUAUCGUGCAGAAGCUGCGGGCAUCUUGACAGCUCUAUCUGAGUUGGGCCCUGAAGCAACGGCCAAGUUGAAGACCGAACUUGAAACCUCUGGCAAGUCCAACUUGACCGUAAAUGGCAACCAGUUCGAGAUCAGCGCAGACAUGGUAGUAGUCAAAGAAGUGGAGGAAAUUGUGCACGGUGAGCUGCCUUUAAAACCACUUAUACAUUUGCUUCUGUGUGUUUUACUGUUUAUUUCAACCCUUGCAUUUUUUGUGAAUCUGCGCAUGUUCAGUGACAGAGGGAGACGAACUUUUCUUGUUUAUAUUUUGCUUCGUAAAGCGUAUGGUCUCUGA